AUGAGAACGGGGAAACAAAUAAUCAAUCCUAUUUGGGAACUUAUGAUCGAUUUGUUUCGUUGUUGUUGUUUUUUGCCAAAAAAAGCCAAUCUCCGAAAAUAUCUAUAUUUUUUUUGCCGAUGUGGAUGUCCUCAUCAUGCUCUCCACAUCAGUUGUUUCAUCUUACAAUGGAGUAUUAGUAAUAGUAAAGAUGGAGGAGUAAACGGACAGUGUACACCAACUCAAUACGAUUAUAGUGAAAGAGGGUGUCUAGCAGGUUUCACUGAUCAAAUUACAUUGUAUCAGUGUAUUGGAGGAUUUAUUCGAUUUGAUACUAAUAAUUGUAUAGUGACUAGUUCGAGUACGACAGGAUCGAUUGGUCCAAACCGAAUCAUUAAUAUUUACAAGUGUGGAUUGUUCUUGUCGCUGCAAUCGUGUGGUGGUACUGCUUGGACGUAUGAUCUCAAGUCUCCAUUGGUGAUAGAUAAACAGAGAUACUUGUACACUGUCAAUUGCUGGGUCGGUGGAGAGCAUAUCGUCUAUGGCACCGACAGCAGUGUCAGCACGAACCCGUGUGUUGGCGGUACCAUCAAAUCAACCUCUAAACAACCUAUUGGAUACUUUACAUGUCCCAACUGUAACCAUGGUACCUGUCAAACAUCCGAUAACCUACUCUACUGUCUUUGUGAUGGUGGUUGGAAUGGUAGAUUUUGUGAUCAACUUAUACCACCAGGAACACCAAUACUAACAAAUGUAAGUGGUGAAGUGUAUGAUACUAGUGGAGGUGAUUUGGUGAUAAGUGGAGACAAUUUGGGUGAUGAUGUGACUAGUGUACUGGUGCAAGUUGGGGAAUCACCAUGUAUCAAUGUAACGGUGAAUGCAACUACGAUUACAUGCUCGAUAGCACCAAGUACAACUCUUACACCAGUGACUCAUCUCAUGGUUGUGAAUAUAUCGGGUGUGACAGUUGAGCCGUACCUCUAUGUCAAUGUCUUGUCGACAUCGAUGCACAACUGUGCAAGCAGUUGCAAGAAUGGUACUUGUACAACGAAUGGAUGUCAAUGUUUUAGAGGAUACACUGGUAUCAAUUGUACACAACAACAAACCAAUCAGACUACUGUCAACGGUAACAAUAAUAAUGGUACGCUAGAGGUUGAAAUUGGAGGUAGUGGCGCACUAUACCAAAUCAGAAUGCUUCGUAUAGACGAGAUGAAUAUCGAUGAUGUCAUUGUCAACACGAUAGAUCUAACUCUAGUGCAAUGGAUACUAUCAACUAAUAAUGAAACUGAUAAAUGGGUUUAUAGUACAAACUUUAAUAUUAGCAAAGGCGAAGGCGGAGACACGACUACAAUUACAACAGCAUCAAUGGAAGUAAAAUUUGUAUUUUAUGUCAAUGCAACUACGGUGCAAUUCUCAAAUCAACAAUUAGAUAUUAAUGCACAAACACUCAAAGCAACCAUUAAAAUUGCAAAUUAUACAUUUGACGGGUUUCUCAACAAACUAUCGGUUGCUUUUGAAACUGGAUUCAAUGCAUCAGAUGUAGAAUCUUGUUCAAUCGAACAAUCAACCGAUCAAUUCAACCAAGACCUAUACACAUCUAUUCAAAGUCCAAAAGGUGGUCUAGUGUCUCGCUACCUAUCCUACGCCGAAGUUGAUACACGUCCCGUUAGAAUUGAAACCAAAUUACUUUCAUCAACCAAUUCAUCUCAGGUUGCUGGUAUAACUAUUCCUUAUUUUUCUCAAUAUGGUUUAGUUGAUCCUGAUUUUUCAAUAUUCUUUAAUGAUGGAGAUAAGGUUGGUAAUUGUAUUGAACAAGAAGAAAAGAGUGAUGAUAAUCAAUGGCGGCUCAUUACAGGUGUGGUAGUUGGUGGCAUUGGAUUUAUUGCUAUUGCAGGAACUAUUGGUUUGAUGGCACACAGAGGCAGAUGGAUGCAAAAAAUUAGAGCAAAAAAGGUUAACCAUUCUAUUCAAAUGGAGUAA